CUUCAGAUCAGUCCACAAGUUAACAGAUCAGAAGAUAAAAAACUCCGCUUUGUGGAAAAGAGAACAACGUGAGAAGGUUGUAUCUGUUUAUUGGGAUAGUGUGUGGAAUGGCCAUUGUCAUUAUCUUUAGCCUGGCUUCAAAACUGAUUGCCAGGAAAUAUUUCAAAAUGAACAUAUGUGUAUGUGUACAUACGGAGUAUGAUCCAACUAAGGAACCUCCCAAGGAAGACGAGGCAGAGGAACAUCCUGAUGAAGUGUACAUGAAUAUUAACAAACCAAAGUCCAUAGCCAAGACAUCUGAAGAUGCCGAGGAGCAACAGGACUCAAACAGCAGCUCAAAUGACCAAGAAGAGAUUUCCUACUCAAACUUAAUGUUCACGAGUCCACCCACCAGAACCUUACCAAUGCAACCAGAGACAGAAUAUGCUGAGAUAGUCAGAUAG